AUGGACGGGCUUAGUGCCGCGUCAAGUGUCAUUGCGGUCGUACAGAUCGCGCAGUCUAUUGGAUCAGCGCUCAAAGAUUACUACGAAGGUGUUCGUGAUGCUCGAGACGACAUCAAAAAGCUGUACAAUGCUGUCACCAGCCUGCAAGCAAUUCUCUUCAGCCUCCACCACAUUCUCAAUCGCGAGAGCGGACAGCCGUUCCUCGACGAAACCCUUCUCAUCAACCCUUCGGGUCCGCUAAGACAAGCUAAACUAGAACUCCACAAACUACAACUCAAGCCCAAAAAGAAAGACAUCGAGAAAGUAGCAGGCACAAUUGAACGAUACAAGUCCAGUUUGACACUCGAGCUUCAGGUCGAACAUCUGCACCUUGCGGCCGAGCACUUCGAUAUAUCGGAAGAUAUAAGAAUAGAGAUCAGAGCUGCCCGGUUUGAUAAAACCCGGCAUCGGGUUAUAAGCUGGUUAUCAAGAGGUGUUCCUGACCCUUCAAAGGAACACAAUCUCGCUCGUGCCAGGCAUGAGAAAACUACAGGGUCUUGGCUUAUUGAGAGUCCAUCGUUUGAGACCUGGCUUAAGACUGAAAACUCGCUGCUGUGGCUGAAUGCCGGUGCUGGCAAAUCAAUCUUAUCUUCCACAGUAGUAGAUCACGUCCAGAAGGGUUGUAAAGACGUCGAAAAGCAGAAAAUGUCCCACUGCCUGUGCUCCCUUAUCGCGGAUAUUUGCAGCAAUCGACGAGACACCCCCACCGAUUUGCAAGAAGCCUAUGAUCAGGCAAAUUACGGUCAGCAAAAGCCAACUCAAGAAAGCCUGAUCACAAUGCUCAAAGCUGUACUGGUUGGCUUCGAGCAUGUAUACAUGGUUAUUGAUGGUCUGGACGAGUGUCCGAAGGGCGAAGGUCAGCGAGACGAGCUCCUAGCUCUCAUUUAUGAAAUCUAUGGUCUGGAAUUAAGUUGCCUACACAUUUUACUCGCCAGUAGAAGGGAAAUCGAUAUUGAAGACUCCUUCAGUAACUUUCCUGCCCGUCUGAGCUGUGUGACAGAAGUCAGUGUUCGCGGUGCGCAUGUCGAGCAAGACAUUCAAAAGUAUUUAAAACACCGCCUCACGCACCGAACCUUCGAAAAGUGGAAGCCGGCAUUAAAGAAAAAUGUAGAAAUGAAAUUGUCCACUCAAGUGGAUGGCAUGUUUCGACUCGCAGCGCUGCAGCUCGAUGCUUUGAGCCAGCUUCGUACCGAGUCGAAGAUUAUGACUGCAAUCCGAGAACUACCAAAAACCCUGGAUGCCUUCUACGAUCGGAUAUUAUCGAAUAUCGAGCAUGAAGAUGAUCAAAAACACGCUCGCCGUGCGCUGCAGUGGCUUGCUUUUGCAGCUCGGCCUAUCUCACUAAAGGAACUUGCGGAGGCGGUGAUUGUACAAGUCGAUGAGGAGCCAUAUUUGAGCGAAGAAGACCAAUUCAUGGAUUCCAAGGAUAUACUCGAAAUCUUACCGGCAGGCCUUGUUACAACAAUUUCAAGUGGGGCGGGCUUGAGGGACUAUAUUCACGGGAGCCGUGGCGGUUUCCAAUCGGAAGCAUUCUACGCUCAAUCCAAACCCGACGCGGAUAGUGAGAUUGGUUGUGCAGACUCAGACGUAGUCGAUGGGACUGAGACUACAGAAAGAGAGCAGAACUCUAGCGAUACGGAUGAGGAAGGCGACGAUGUUAAGCAGGAGGACGACGUUGAGAAUUCGAGCCACAUAGAUAAGAAACCUAAAGAGGAACUAGGGACUGGAAAAAUUAAGGAGAGGGAACUGAUAGUUCAAUUUGCGCACUUCUCUGUUAAGGAAUACCUCGUUACCGCACGAGUCGCAAGUAGCCCCCAGUAA